AUGUCUGUUAUGUUACUACUAAUAAAAUAUGCAUACUAUAAUACUAAGUCUGAAUAUGGUAAGUUCACUGUUAGUUAUGUUAUAUUGUUUAAAGAUAAUGAUAUACCUUUUACUAUUGGUCCAACUAUAACCUUUAGAGAAGAUUGGAAUAAUUUACCUAUAUUUGACCAAUUAUAUAAACUUAUAUUAGAGAAAAGUGAGAUAUAUGAUUCGCUUGAAAUAAAAACUAUCAUUAUAAGAAUAUAUCUUUUUGAUCGAAAACCUUGCGAAUCACCUUUAUUGUCCUAUGAAGAGGUGGGUAAAUUGAUACAUGAUAGCUUAAACAGCAAUGUUGUUGUUGAACAUAAAGAACCGCGAAAAAUACGAGCAUCUAAAAAGAAGCGUACUUAUAGUAAAUUUAUAACAGCACUCAAAACAGGUGAUAAGCUAAGGCAGCAUUUCAUUGUUGCUGAUACCGAAACUAUUAUGAUUAAGGAAGAACAAAACCCUUACACGGAAGUACAUGUCCCUUACGCUAUAGGAUUCUUAUUAGUAAGACCCGGUAAUGAUAUAUGUUAUAAUAUGAUUGAGACUUAUUUCAGUGAAAGUUACAUAACUCAUAAGGAUAUACAUGAAAGGAGUAAAAAGAUGUUGUCUGACUUUAUAGAACGUUUAGUAGUUGUUGUUAGACAAAAAAAAUUGGUUAAAUCAGUCUAUUUCCACAACUUCUCUAAAUUCGAUGGUAUAAUGAUAUUAAAACAUUUGGUUAUAAAUGCUAAGAAGUACACAAUAAAACCACUUAUGAGGAACAAUAGGCUAUACGAGGUUGCCGUAUAUAAUGAUAAUAAACUGAUAUUUAAUCUAAGGGAUUCCUUAACUCUGCUCCCGGGUUCACUUAAAGAUUUAGCUCAAAAUCUCUGUCCUCACUUAGGAAUUAAGGGUUCAAUCAACCAUGACGAUAUAAAACUAGAUAAUAUAAGUUUACUCAAAAAUCAAUUGAUAGAAUAUCUUAAACAGGAUAUCAUUUUAUUGGGUGGGAUAAUACUUAAGGCUCAAGAUAUAUUGUGGAAUACUUAUCAAAUAGAUAUUCUGAAUAAUUUAACAAUAUCAUCACUAGCACUAGCAAUCUUUCGUACUAAUUAUUACGAUCCUGACAUAUGGCCUAUCUAUAUACCUAAUAUUAAUGAAGAUACCACUACGCCAAAAUUGGCUUUUAACAGCACACCUACGACAGCGCUUAUGCCCAAAAGCGCUUUGAAACACGCUAUUUUUCAGAAACAGUCUUCUUCUCUCACUCCCUCCGCCGUUCUCAACCAGUACUCCUCCUCUCACUCCCUCCGCCGUUCUCAACCACUCCCACGCCACCGUCGUCGUCUCACUCUCACGCCACCGCCGUCGUCGCCACCGCCGGUCUGUGGGAUUUUAGGGUUUUCUUGGUCAAAAUCAACACUUCUUGCUUCAUCCAACCCAUUAUUAAGGUACAUAUAUGAAUGA